UACAUAAACCUGAAGAGACCCUUGAGUAGAUCAAACAACAUAAGGCUUUGUACAAAAAUGGAAUCAAGAAUUACAGGAAAUCUGAGGAUUGUGCUGCUGGGUAAAACUGGAUCAGGAAAGAGUGCAACUGGAAACACCAUCCUGGGCAGAAUCGCAUUUGAAGAGGACAUUAAUCCAGAAUCAGUUACUCAAGAAUGUGAGAAACAAGAGACAAUAAAUGGUAACAGGAAGAUCUUGAUAGUUGACACUCCAGGACUCCAGGAUCCAUCAGUGCAUGAAAGAAAAGUGGAGGAAGAAACAGAGAAGUGUUUGGAGAUGUCUGCUCCUGGUCCUCAUGUGUUUCUGCUGGUGGUCAGAGCAGAUGCGAGAUUUACAAAGGAAGAGAAGGAUGCAGUGGAAUGGAUUCAGAAGAACUUUGGAAAAGAAGCAGUACGUCACACCAUUGUUCUCUUCGCUCAUGCUGACAAACUGAAGAAUAAACCUCUUGAAGAUCAUAUCCAAGAGUGUGAAGAUGUACUGGAGUUUGUUCGCAGCUGUGGUGGCAGAUAUCACGCAUUCAACAAUGUGAAUAGACAGAAUCAAGAUCAGGUCACAAAGCUGCUGGAAAAGAUGGAUAAACUGGUGGAGAGUAAUUAUGGGAAUUAUUACACUAAUGCAUAUAUGUAUAAACAAGCCCAGAAAAAGCACAACUGGUGGAAAACUGGAUUUUCUGGUUUCCGGAAAAUGCACUCCACUGAAACAGCUCUUAUCAAAGUCUCUAGUGAUGUGAUGAUGGCAGCGGACACUGGCCGCUACACUGUACUUAUACUUCUCGAUUUGAGUUCUGCCUUUGACACGUGGCACAAGGGUCAGUUUUGGUCAGGAAAUCUGAGGAUUGUGCUGCUGGGUAAAACUGGAUCUGGAAAGAGUGCAACAGGAAACACCAUCCUUGGCAGAGACUCAUUUAAAGAGGACUUUAGUCCAGAAUCAGUAACUCAAGAAUGUGAGAAACAAGUGACAAAAAAAGGUUCAAGGACCGUCUACAUAAUUGACACUCCAGGACUGUUUGACACAUUAAUGGGUGAAAAGAUGGUAAAGAAAUCGAAUUCACCAAUGACUGAAAAAGAACUGAAGGCUAAAAUAGUGAAGUGUCUGGAGAUGUCAGCUCCCGGUCCUCACGUGUUCCUGCUGGUGAUGAGACUGGAUGUGAGAUUCACAGAAGAGGAGAAGAACACAGUGAAAUGGGUUCAGGAGAACUUCGGAGAAGAUGCUUCACGUCACCUCUUCAUUCUGUUCACUCAUCAAGAUCAUCUGAAGACUAAAUCACUGAAGGCUCAUAUAGAAGAGAAUGAAGAUCUACGACAGUUUAUUAUCAGCUGUGCUGGCAAAUAUCACUCAUUCAACAACGAAGACAGAACGAAUCAAGUUCAGGUCACAGAGCUGCUGGAGAAAAUAGAUAAAAUGGUGGAGAGAAAUGAAGGAAAGUACUAUAUUAAAGCAAUGUAUAAACAAACACAGAUAAAAAUUAUCUGUGUAAAACUAAUCAAUGUCUUAUACAGACAUGCUGGAAUAAUAUUAGCAUUAUUAUUAUUAGCAGUAGCUCUAUGGGUCAUGCUAUAAGAAGUUAAAUGAAAUACCAACAUAUGUUUAAGAUGUUGAAGACCAUUAGAAGUGUAUCCUUUUUGGAAAUGUUGACCUUGUAAUUUAUAAUCAGGGUCUUAAUGCAAAUGUUUCAGAACAUAUGGGCUGGUAAUAUCAUUGUUAAACUGGACACUUUUUCUUUUUUGAUUUAAAUGAACUGCAUGUAAAGUUUUUUUGUUAACUUUUGCUUUAACAUAUCUCAUUGUAAAACUUUGAAACUUUAAAAUGUUAUAGUGAAAGUACUUUAUUAAUUUGUGCUAAAAAUACACUUAAAAACCAUAAUCAAACAUUAUGCAAAUGGUUUAUCAGUUUUAAAAAAAAUACAUAUUUUGUACAUAUACAUAUCUUUUUUCAUUGUGUCAGAACUUUUAAAUUACUUAAAUGACAACAUAUUGUUCACAGAUUACAAUAUAUGCCACAAAGGAAAUUAUUCAAUAAAACCUUAGUGUAGACUUCUGAAAAUAUAUUGGCAAAACUUGUAAAAAAUUAUACAUUUGAACAUAAAGUUAUUAAUUUGAAAUAUAAUUACAAAUAAUAAUGAUGUCAUUGCACUGACACUAUUUAUAUGAAAGUUUGGGAAUGGUGACUGUUUAUA